GUCAGUUUGCUCUGGUGAUGGACACGUGUUGGGCUACACCUGAGAAUGAUCCUGAUUACAGUCUCCGCUGGGAUCUCAUCCUCACAGAGUGUCCCAAUCCAAAUGAUGACACAGUGGAGCUGCUGCAGAACGGCGUCUCGACAUCCAGCCGUUUCUCCUUCAGGAUGUUCAUCUUCACUGCAAACUCCACUAAACUUUACCUGCACUGCGCUGUUCACCUGUGCCUUCUGUCAAGCAAUCGCUGCUCAACGGACUGUAACUCUGAACACCAGUGGAGAGAGCGCAGGUCUCUGGACUUCCAUGACAGUGCUUCCAUAUCCCUGGGUCCUCUGAUGUUGUCUGAAGGGAACACAGAUAAGUGGGUCCCACAGCAAGUGAAGGUAUCGGAGGCUUCUCGUCUGUGUGCUUCUCUGAUGCUGUUACUUGCUCCUCUGAUGAGAUUCCUGACCCUUUUUUAGUUUAUUUCCAGAAAAUGUUUUACAUUUUACAAGUAUAUUGUCUAGUUCCAUAAUAAAGAUGCAGCAAGAGAUUUUUGCCAAA